AUGGCUAAUGAACUAGAACCAGCUCCAAAUAAUGAAACCCUAUUCUGGGAUUUUCCCUCUCAUCCCCCUUCUCCAAAGCCAUUACAGCUCUAUCAAGGCCAACCCAUUUGGCCUCUCUCCAAUUCUGAUAACUCCUCUAGUGAACCAGGCUUUGCCAUGGCUUCAGCUAAAGGGACCAUGGCGUCUAACUCGAAUAGCCCCACUUCUUCGAAGCGAGCUAUGGCGACAGAGUCUGAUCAUGAGAUACAUAUAUGGACAGAGAGAGAGAGGAGGAAGAAGAUGAGAACCAUGUUCUCUAACCUCCAUUCUCUGCUUCCUCAAUUGCCUGCAAAGGCGGACAAAUCGACGAUCGUAGACGAGGCAGUGAACUACAUAAAAUCACUGCAGAAGUCUCUACAAGCUUUGCAGAAGCAAAAGACGGAGAAGGGUAGAGCUGUGGGCUCGAAUGAGUGCGAGUUGGGCGCGCCCCGGUUCGAGUCGAGAGAGUCGUUUCUGGCGGAUCAGGGCUCAUCUAGGUCGUGUGUGGGCUCGGUCAUUCAACAACCACCUGUGGCCUUUUCUCCUUUCUCUCCUUCUUCUUGCUUUCAGACCUGGUCGUCGCCAAACGUUGUGGUGAGUGUUUGUGGGGUUGAUGCUCAUAUUGGGGUUUGUAGUGCGAGAAAGUCGGGGUUGCUGGCUGCUAUGUUCUGCAUAUUGGAGAAGCAUAGGUUGGAGGUGGUCUCCGCUCAGGUCUCGGCCGAUAGGUGCCGCGCCAUGUACAUGAUCCAUGCUCGAGCAAAUGGCACCGAUUGUUUCACAGAGGCAGUUACAGUCGAAGAUAUAUACAAGUUAGCCGUCGGAGAGAUGAUUUAUUGGCUUUCAUCAUAAUACAAAUCACUUGUAAAUCUUGGCUUUCAUCAUAAUACAAAUCACUUGCAACUCUCUCUCUCUCUCUACAGGGAGAUGGUUGCAAGGAGUUUAUUCUAUGAGAUCGGAUGCCCCCCAUUAAAUUGAAUUGGAUUCUGAGCAAAGAAAUUCAAAGUUUUAUCAAAAAGGUAAUUUGUUUUUCUUUUUUAUGUUUCU